UUCACUCUCCUGACUGAGCAGUCGCACUUCAAUGACGUCACUCGUGCGCCUUUAGGUCAGAGAUGUAAACAGUUCGUCAACCGCCUAGGCUACUCAAACAUAAUACAAUUGUUUAAUAAUAAGUCUUAAUUUAGUUUAAGUUAGUUUUAAAUAUAUUAUGAUCAAAUAAAGUUAAUAAUGGCAAACGAUAAAACCGCACAUUGGAAAGAUUUACUGCGGAAAAGACUCGCCUCUGCGAAACAAGAUGGCAGGACAGAGGAGGAGAAGAAAGCAGAGGAAACUGAAUUGUUCACCAAGUAUUACACUGAAUGGAAAAGAGGUGAAAAAGGAGAAGAUGACUCAUUUAAACACAUCCCACGCUUCUACUACAGGCUUCCUGCAGAAGAUGAAGUCUUGCUGCAGAAACUCAGAGAAGAAUCGAGGGCAGUGUUUCUCCAGAGGAAAAGCCGGGAACUACUGGACAAUGAAGAGUUGCAGAACCUUUGGUUUCUUCUCGACAAGCAUCAAGUGCCGCCCACGACCAGUGACGAGGCCAUGAUCAGUUAUGAGAGUUUCCUAAAGGUUGGAGAAAAAGCAGGCGCCAAAUGCAAGCUUUUCUUCACUGCCAGAGUCUACGCCAAACUGCUUCAUAAUGAUCCAUAUGGGAGGAUAUCAAUAAUGCAGUUCUUCAACUAUGUCAUGAGAAAAGUGUGGCUGCACCAAACCAGGAUUGGUUUGAGUCUUUAUGAUGUAGCAGGUCAGGGUUAUCUCCGUGAGUCUGAUUUGGAGAACUACAUUCUAGAGUUAAUUCCUACACUUCCCCAACUAGAUGGCUUGGAGAAAUCCUUCUACUCGUUUUAUGUUUGCACAGCCGUUCGCAAGUUCUUCUUCUUCCUUGAUCCUCUACAUACUGGGAAGAUAAAAAUUCAGGACAUCCUAGCUUGCAGUUUCUUGGAUGAUCUACUUGAGCUUCGAGACGAGGAGCUGUCCAAGGAGAGUCAGGAGUCCAACUGGUUCUCUGCACCUUCUGCUCUUCGAGUUUAUGGUCAGUACCUCAACCUGGAUAAGGACCAUAAUGGGAUGCUCAGUAAGGAAGAGCUGUCUCGCUAUGGCACAGGAACUCUAACUAGUGUUUUCCUAGACCGCGUCUACCAGGAAUGCCUAACCUACGAUGGCGAAAUGGACUAUAAGACAUAUCUAGACUUUGUGCUGGCUCUAGAGAACAGGAAAGAGCCUGCGGCCCUCCAGUAUAUAUUCAAACUGCUGGACAUGGAAAACAAAGGCUCCCUCAAUGUAUUUGCCCUCAACUACUUCUUCAGGGCCAUUCAGGAACAAAUGAAAAUCCAUGGGCAGGAGCCGGUUUCCUUCCAGGAUGUUAAGGAUGAAAUCUUUGACAUGGUGAAGCCUAAAGAUCCUUAUAAGAUCACACUACAGGACCUUGUGAACAGCGGUCAGGGUGACACUGUCACUAGUAUCCUCAUCGACCUCAAUGGCUUCUGGACUUACGAGAACAGAGAGGUGCUGGUGGCUAAUGACACUGACAGCAACACAGCUGAUUUAGAUGACCCAUGAUGACAUCACGUUCUGUUGCCAAAUCAAGUUGUGCUAUUGGACCAAUUGUGCUACUCCGAACGAGGAAAAAAACUUCAGCCAAGAGGAAUAUACAGAAUAGCUCAGUUGUAUGUUGAAUUGUUUAUUAAGUAAUAUUAUGUACAAAACAAACUGUAUUUUUUCACCCUACAUUAUAGAACGGUAUGUUUUCACCUACAUAAUACAAAAUUAUUGUACACAAAUAAAUUAUACGCUCUUCAAAAUGAAAUGCUUUUUUUUGUGUCCGAGGGGUAGACAAAUUGAACUCAAAUCUAAUGGGUAAAGCGCACAUUUACAUACACACUAAAAAUUAUAUGUUCACAUAAAAAGAAUAUUUGGUUAGAAAAAUAACUUUUUGAAUGUUUCAGCUCUGAAAGAGCUCUGACUUAUGAAAGAGGAAAGAAUCCCAUCUGACAGUUUACUCGACAACAUCAUCAGUAACAGAAAUGUCUAAUAUUGUAAGUACUCACAUUCUACAGCAUUGUAAAAGAUUGGUAGUCCAUUCAGUUGUUAUAGUGUUUCACUUAGGCUUUUUAGAUAUUUAUAUGUACAAUGAAUUGUUGUAGUGACUAAG